AUGACCCGAUGGUAUGAAAUGUACUUCGAUGUGAUCCGUGGUGGCAAGUUCAUGUGGGAGAUUGAUAGAAUGCACGAAAAGUACGGGCCAAUUGUCCGAAUCAACCCCUAUGAGCUUCACGUUAAAGACCCCAUUUACUACAACACUAUUUACACCGGACCGACUAUGAAACGGGAUAAGUAUAUUUGGUUCCUGUCUGCGGGGGUUCCGAACUCGCUGUUCUCAACGGCUGGAUACAACCACCAUCGAUUGAGAAGGGGGAUGCUCAGUCCGUAUCUGUCCAAACCGGCUAUUCGAACCCUCGAGCCAGUCAUUCAAGAGAAAGUCAAUUUGCUUUGCAGGCAUAUAAGGAACGCAUUGAAGGAUGACGAGCCUUUGGAACUACAUCAAUGUUUCGUAUCUCUUGCAGUAGAUAUUGUUUCCCAGUAUGCAUUUGGAAAGUCGAACUGUUUUAACGUGCUUCAAAAGAAGGUUCUGGACGACAAGUGGAAAGAUGGAGUUACUGGAGCGUUUGGAAAGUUCCUCCUCACCAGGCAUUUCCCCAUUCUAAUUCGCGUUUUUCGCGCUCUCCCUGUUCGGAUAACCUCACUUGUGGUACCAACAACCCGGCAUAUAGAAUUUAUGGAAAGCGCAGUAAAACAGCGUGUAAAGCACGUUUAUGAGACGAACCGACACGGGAUCAAAGAAUCAUGUAUUUUCUCCGAGCUCAUGCAUAACGAAAAGCACCCAGUCGCGGAACGAACCCUUAAAAGAUUAACGGAUGACGCUUUGUUCCUUAUGGUAGCUGGAACGGAUGCUCCUUCGCAGGCCCUGGCUAUCAUAUUGUAUCAUAUACUGAAUAAUCGUAGAGUACAUGAGAAACUGCGUGAAGAACUCGUGUACGCUCUUCCCGAUGCGCGGUCUGACCCUUCGUUAGCUAUGCUUGAGAAUAUUCCAUACUUGACCGCAGUUAUAAAAGAAGGACUUCGCAUAACUGCGCUUGUCACUUCUCGGCUUCCACGUAUUAGUCCAGACAAGAUCCUGGAGUACGGUAACUGGAAGAUACCAGCAGGGACACCGAUUAGCAUGUCUAUAUAUCUGACACUGAGAGACCCGUCUGUCUUCCCAGAGCCGUUACUAUUUUCUCCUGGGCGAUGGAUGCAGCAAGGACCUAAGCGGUCACAGAUGGAUGAAUGCUAUGUGCCUUUCUCGAAGGGUAGUCAAGGAUGUUUGGGUCCAAAUAUGGCCUACGCCUGGUGUUACAUCGGACUGGCUACCAUUAUCCGACGAUUUGAUCUUUCACUGUUUGAGACAACAGAGGAAAACGUGACAAUCGUCCGAGAUUGUUUUAACGGGCAGACAAAACCUGGGUAUAAUAAGAUCCAAGUGAAAGUGCAAAGAGAUUUAACAUCCUAA